GCAUGCUCUCACUCUCACGCCAUUAAUAGCGCUGCAGUGCAGGCAAAGGCAGCCACCACUUCCAUACGUUUGGUUGCUCGUCGAUUAACUAGAGCUAGCUGCUAGCUCCCUCGAUCGAUCAGCCGCAUCAUCUCAUCAAGCAAGCAUGAGGAGGAUACAGGUACACCCUUCACGAGGCGGCGGCGGAGGAGGAGGAAGCAACUGCCGCGGGCGGCCGGAUGAGCCGGUGGUGUACACGGUGUGGAAGAGAUCUAGCAUGGGGUUCCAGGGCACCGAUGGCUUCUCCGUCUACGACUCCGCCGGCAGCCUCGCCUUCCGUGUUGACAACUACUCUCGCCGCCGCAAGGCUUUCGCCGGCGACCUGCUGCUCAUGGAUGGCCACGGCACACCUCUGCUCUCCCUCAGGCCACAGAUCCUCAGCCUGCACAAUCGAUGGAACUGUUACAGAGCACAAGAGGAACAAGACUCGGACAAGACGAGUUCACCUUCAGUGUCACAGCAGCAAGUGUUCUCCAUGAGGAAGAGCUCAGCUCUUCAGAGCAGUGACGAAGCAGAAGUCUACAUGUCACCAAGCAGUGAUCAUCAUCAUGGCCAACCUGAUGCUUCUUCCAGCCCCAGCCCCAGCCCCAGCUUCCGAGUCGACGGCUGCUUCUCCAUGAGGAGCUGCAAGAUCCGCCGGAGCAACGGCGAGGAGGCGGCGCGGAUCUCGAGUAAGAACGCCAGCGUGGCGUCGGUCAGGCCGGCCGUCAGUCUCGGCGACGACGUGUUCAGCCUGGUCGUGAGGCCAGGCGUCGACGUUGCGAUCGUGAUGGCCAUCGUCGUCGUCAUGGACCGCAUCUGCCGGAGCUACGCACCAAUGGCGUGCUCCUCAUCUGCUGCUACUUCAGUUGUUCAUAGUGGGUGCCCGGCGAAAAAGGCUCUUCACAGUGGAGAAAUCGUCAAAUUGAAGGAAGACUACUGUCUCAUACGCAGCAGUAGUAGUUUGCUGUAAAUUUAUACACCCUUCACUUUUUCUUUAAU